AUGGGAAACCAGACAUCACCAAUGGAAUUUAUCCUAAGUGACUUCAUAGAAGAGCCUAAUCUUCGGAUCUUUAGCUUUAAUAUAUUUCUUAUCAUCUAUCUCAUUGGAUCUGUAGGAAACAUGAUAAUCAUAUUUAUUAUACUACAGAAUCCUCAUCUGUGGACUCCCAUGUAUUUUUUCAUUGGAAACUUGGCUGUUUUGGAUAUGUGUUACAUUUCAACAAUUGUCCCUAAUUUGUUAGUCAACUCCAUAAAAGAAAGGAAAAAAAUAUCGUUUGGAGGCUGUGUGGUUCAGCUGUACUUCUUCCUCACAAUGGCAGCCACCGAGUCCUCUCUUUUAGCUUCCAUGUCUUAUGACAGAUAUGUAGCUAUAUGCAAUCCCUUACGUUACACUACAGUCAUGAAUAGAGAGUUCUGUUUAGAACUCACCAUAACUUCUUGGGUAAUUGGCCUUGUUUAUUCUGUGAUACAUACUGCUAAUACCUUCAGGUUAAACUUCUGCAGAUCCAAUGUUAUUGACCAUUUUUUUUGUGACAUUCCACCGUUGCUUAAGAUUGCAUGUUCUGACACCAGUCUUAAUGAGAUCAUGCUCUUUGGCGUAGGCGCGGUUUUGAUUUUACCUUGUUUUCCUUUAAUAAUAAUUUCCUAUGUUUAUAUAAUAAAUGCUAUUUUGAGGAUACCUUCAAACACUGGGCGGAAAAAAACAUUCUCCACCUGUGUUUCCCAUCUCAUGGCCGUUGGCUUAUUUUACCUUACUGGAAGUUCAGUAUAUUUACAACCAGUUUCUGCUUCCUCUACCCAACGUCAAGACAAAAUUAGUGCAGUUUUCUAUACAAUUUUAGUUCCAAUGGCAAAUCCUAUUAUAUACAGCUUAAGGAAUGAAGACUUAAAAAAAGCAAUAAGAAAA